AUGCACCAAAGGAAGUACACUUUGGAACUGAUCUUUGAACUUGGGCUGGGAGCUGCAAAGCCACCUAUCACACCUAUUGAAGUCAACAUUAAGCUAACCACCAAGGAGUAUGAUGAACAUACUAGCAGUUACAACACAACAAAUGAUGAAUUAUUACAAGAUCCUAGCAAAUAUCAAAGACUACUAGGAAAACUACUCUACCUCGCUGUCACAAGACCAGACAUAGCUUUUAGUGUUCAGACACUGAGAUCAGAAUACAGAAGCAUUGCAUCAAUUGUGGCAGAGUUAGUUUGGAUGCUUGGAUUGCUUAAAGAUAUUGGAGUGUCAGUUGCUCUUCCUGUGAACAUUCACACUGAUAGCAAGGCAGCAAUUCAAAUAGCUGUCAAUCUAGUGUUCCAUGAGCGUACCAAAAACAUUGAGAUAGAUUGUCAUUUCAUAAGGGAAAAGAUACAGAAUGGGUUGGUGAAGACAGAGUAUGUGGCCACUAAGGAACAACUUCCAGAAAUCCUAACCAAAGGCGUAACCAAA